AUGGGCUUUGGCAAGUAUGACGACGUAUUCGGAAGUCUAUAUCACUUCGGCAGUCAGGGUUGCCAGUGGGCCUGCAGCAGCGCGAUCCAGGCGGUGUUUGCUGACCCGGCUUGUGCUACUCCGGACUUUCUGACGAUGUUCGAGACCUCGGAGGACAAUCCGUGCCCCAACGGACUUGAAAACCGCUACCCGAAGUCUCUCGAGAAGAAAUACGUCAUCGCGAAGGAUCACGGCCUGAACCCCCUGGAUGCCAUCUGGGACACCGAGAAGCUCCGCGCGGCCAUGAAGGAUGACAAGGAGUGGCAGAUCG